GGAGAGUCUCAAUAUACUUUGACCGGAGAAAAGGAAAGACAAAAAAAUCUGUUGAAACGACGACGACGACGGCGUCUCUGACGAAGCCACUCCCCUCUACUUGGAUUUAGAGUUGAGCUUGCUUAUUUUCACCAUUUCGCAUGAUUAAGAGUUAUUGUGAGGGGUGUUGUAUAUAAGAUUGGAGGAACAAAGCAAUAUACUAAUUUAGAUUGAAUCCACAUGGAAUCUGCAUCUAUUAUUCAGCGGCCGAGCUUGUUUCAUUCUGGCGACGGUGCCACCAGUUUCUGCUUUUCAAAUCGCCUGCUAAGUCCCAAAGCAAUCAGCAAUAAUAGACUCUGGGUUCUGAAGACUUAUCCUAGAUCGCAGUUUGUUCAUCGAUCGAAGAGAAAUGCAGCUCAAAGUGGUCCUUUGACUUUGAGUGCUCCUUUGCAUUCUUCAAAAUCAAUACCUGGCUGUUCCUCCCAAUCUAAGCAUAAUAUCCCCUUUGCGUUUAGGCUAAAUUGUCAAAGUAAUGAUUCUCUUGGUCAUAAUGUGGAAUUCUCAGAAACUAAUGAUCAAUUUGAAGAUAAACAUGUGACUGUGGAAAACGAGACUGAUAGCUUGGAGGAACUCAGGGAUGUUCUACACAAGGCUAUCAAAGAUUUGGAAGUUGCUAGGCUCAACAGUACCAUGUUCGAGGAAAAGGCUCAGCGUAUUUCUGAAACUGCCAUCGCUCUCAAGGAUGAAGCCGCUGGUGUCUGGCUUCAGGUUAACAAAACCCUUGAUCUCAUUCGUGAUACCGUCGAUGAGCAGUCUGUUGCUAAAGAUGCUGUUCAAAACGCUACUAUGGCCUUAUCUCUCGCUGAAGCUAGGCUUCAAAUUUUCGAGGAAUCUCUUGAACCUGAUGCAGGGAAUGCUGCUCCAGAAGCGUCCCAAGAGUCUGGGAAAAGAGACAAUCUUGAAGACCAAGAAGAAGCACUUUUAGCUGCCAAGGAUGACAUCAAACAGUGCCAACUGAAUCUAGCAAGCUGUGAGGCCCAACUGAGUAGUUUGGAGAGCAAAAAAGACGACCUGCAGAAACAAGUUGACAAGUUGAAUGACUUUGCCGAGACUUUACAGAUCAAUGCCUUGAAAGCUGAUGAGGACGUUGCAAAUAUCAUGAAAUUGGCUGAACAAGCUGUCGCUUUUGAGCUUGAGGCUACUCAACGCGUUAAUGAUGCACAGAUUGCUUUGCAGAUAGCUGAGAAGUCUCUAUCCACCUCGCAGACCCCAGAAGAAACUCAGGUCCAACUCUCGGAUGAAGAUACUCUUCUCGGAGAUGAGGUGGUACUCCUAAGUAAUAUUGAAGAUGCUAGCCAUCAGGUUGAAAGAGAAUCACCAAUACUUGACGAUAUAUCACCGCUACAGAACACAGCUGAUCAUUUGGCUGAUAAAGUUGCUCCGAAGGCUCAAAAACUAUCGCAGUCUUCUGAUUCAAGCCAUCAUGAGAAUGGAAAGCCAAGUGUAGAGUUUUCUAAAGUGGUGGAAUCAGAUUCUGAAAAGUCAAAGAUUGUUGGUCAGACGAAAAAACAGGAAACACAGAAAGAUCUGCCAAAAGAGGGCUCUUCUCUUAAUGCUCCUAAGGGAUCGUUUAAUAAAUCCUCCCGUUUCUUUUCUGCAUCUUUCUUCUCUUCCAACGCGGAUGGGACCACAACAGUUUUUGCAAGUCUGGUUAAUUCCGUCAAACAACAAUGGCCCAAGCUCGUUUUUGGGGUUGCACUUCUAGGCGCAGGACUGACAUUAUACUCCAAUGGAGUAGGGGGGAGCAAUCAGCUGCUUCAACAGCCAGAUGUUAUCAACACUAGUACAGAAGAUGUCUCUUCCAAUAAGAAGCUGUUGAUACGGCAAGUGCAGAAACUUCCUAAGAGAAUUAAGAAACUACUUGAGAUGAUCCCUCACCAGGAGGUUAAUGAGGAAGAAGCUUCCUUGCUUGAUUUCUUGUGGUUACUCCUAGCAAGCGUCAUAUUUGUUCCUCUAUUUCAGAAAAUUCCUGGAGGUUACCCUGUUCUUGGGUAUUUGGCAGCUGGAAUAUUGAUUGGUCCUUAUGGUCUUUCAAUAAUCCGUAAUGUGCACGCAACCAAGGCCAUCGCCGAAUUUGGAGUUGUUUUCUUGCUUUUUAACAUUGGCCUUGAGCUAUCUGUUGAAAGACUGAGUUCCAUGAAGAAGUAUGUUUUUGGAUUAGGCUCGGCUCAGGUUCUGGUGACAGCGGCAGUAGUUGGAUUGAUUGCCCAUUACGUAGCUGGUCAGGCUGGUCCAGCGGCAAUAGUUAUCGGAAAUGGCCUGGCUUUGUCCUCCACCGCUGUUGUCCUUCAGGUUCUACAAGAACGGAGCGAGAGUACAUCUAGACAUGGACGGGCUACAUUUUCCGUCUUGCUUUUUCAGGAUCUAGCUGUAGUUGUUUUACUGAUUCUCAUCCCACUUAUUUCACCUAAUUCAUCGAAAGGAGGGAUUGGGUUUCAAGCCAUUGCUGAGGCUCUUGGGCUUGCUGCAGUCAAAGCAGCAGUUGCUAUUACUGCCAUAAUUGCUGGGGGCCGUCUUCUUCUUCGACCAAUCUACAAGCAGAUUGCAGAAAAUCGAAACGCUGAAAUAUUCUCUGCCAACACACUUCUUGUCAUCCUUGGGACUAGUUUACUGACAGCUAGGGCGGGACUCUCCAUGGCAUUAGGAGCGUUUUUGGCUGGUCUACUCCUUGCGGAGACAGAGUUUUCCUUGCAAGUAGAAUCAGAUAUUGCUCCUUAUCGUGGUCUUCUGCUGGGUCUUUUCUUCAUGACGGUUGGCAUGUCUAUUGAUCCGAAACUUCUUCUCUCUAACUUCCCUGUCGUAAUUGGGACUUUGGGACUCUUGAUAUUGGGCAAGACUAUAUUAGUCGUUCUCAUGGGCAAGUUGUUCGGAAUUUCAGUCAUAUCUGCAAUUAGAGCCGGUCUUCUUCUGGCCCCUGGUGGAGAGUUUGCAUUUGUUGCUUUUGGAGAAGCUGUCAAUCAGGGUAUAAUGUCUCCUCAGCUAUCUUCGUUGCUGUUUCUUGUGGUGGGAAUAUCAAUGGCAAUCACACCCUGGUUAGCUGCUGGUGGCCAGUUAAUUGCAUCCCGGUUUGAGUUGCAUGACGUUAGAAGUUUAUUGCCGGUCGAAAGUGAGACGGAUGAUUUGCAGGAUCACAUAAUAAUUUGCGGAUUUGGACGAGUUGGGCAGAUAAUUGCUCAGCUUCUCUCAGAAAGACUUAUCCCAUUCGUUGCCCUCGAUGUCAGUAGUGAUAGAGUGACUAUCGCCCGUUCCUUGGACCUCCCUGUUUAUUUUGGAGACGCUGGUAGUAAAGAGGUUCUCCACAAAAUUGGAGCAGAGAGAGCAUGUGCUGCUGUGGUUGCUUUAGACGCACCAGGAGCAAAUUACAGAUGUGUGUGGGCUCUGAGCAAGUACUACCCCAAUGUGAAGACCUUCGUCCGUGCACACGACGUUGUACAUGGUCUUAAUCUUGAAAAAGCUGGUGCUACUGCUGUUGUACCGGAGACGCUGGAGCCAAGUCUACAGUUGGCAGCUGCUGUUCUUGCUCAGGUCAAAUUACCAACCUCAGAAAUCGCAAACACGAUCAACGAGUUCAGAACCCGUCACCUGUCUGAACUAACGGAGCUAUGCGAAGCAAGCGGAAGCUCUCUGGGGUAUGGUUUUUCGAGGACGACGACGACGACGACUAAGCCUAAAAGUCAAACGUCGGAUGCAACUGAGGAGAACCAGAUCAUCGAAGGAACUGGUUCACUCGCCAUCUGA